GUUUACGGUUUUGAGCGCCUCGCUAAAGAGCUCCGGAACUGCGAGAAGCACCUCUGCAACCUCUCCCAGCGAUUGCCCCCUGCUCUCCGUUAAUUGCAGCUGCUUUUCUCCGACUCUAGGCGAGUUUGAAAUAGCGUACAAGUUCCAUAUUCCCUCCCAGACGCAGGUUGAGAUAAAGAGUUGCAGUUUGGAACAAAGAAACAUAGUUGAUUGCCAAACUUGAGCAACAAAAUUCAACAAGUUACAGAUGGAACAGCCUGGGAGAUUAAAGGAUAAAAUAAGGCCUAACAACAAAGAUCUUUUGGAGUUGGAGCAAAAGAAAUCUUCCUCCUUAGAAUCUGCACUUCUUGUUUGCAAAAAGAAUUCACUGUCAAAAUUCAAUAAACCUCAUACCAGCAAGAAACUUAUGACAGCCCCAGUUCCGAAGAGUCAAAUGUUUGGAAAAGUGAAGGAUUUCUUAGGAAUUAUGGCAGAAGCUAAUAGAAGAUUGCAGUUUGAUGUACAGGAGAAAUCCUGUACAGACUAUGAUAUUGAAGUGCUUACGGGGAACGAAACUCAAUACAUAGAAAUGGAUUUGAUGCUUGGUGUUGCUAAUCUUCACACUCCAGAGGCAGUGGAAGCUGCUGAAUCUGCAAUGGCUGGUUCCCAACCGAUACAUAACUUAUCUCCUAGCAGUAGUGAAUCAGAUUCAGAUGAUAGCAGUGACAAGUCUACCGACGAUAACUACAAUGCUGAUGAGAACGCUGACAUAUCCUCCUUGAGCAAAUCUCAAAAACCAAAUUUGGAUGGGGGUGAAUCUUUAGGUGGUGAUCAGCCAAAAAAGCGGCCCAAGAUUAUUGAGCUGAAGUGAGGCAUUAUGGUUGGAAAUCCUGGAUUCUGCAGCUCAUGACAUUUGGGGCAGAAAUGAGAAACCAGAUACAAAACAACUAGCAGGGGUAAAAGGAAGCUAAUCUUUUCUUUUUUCAAGGUGUUUUGGUAAAUUUACAUAUGAAUGAAGUUGGUCAAGGUAAAUUUGGUAUUUAAAAAAUUAAUGUAUUACAUCAGCGUUUUCUAUUGAGAAAAAACCUAUUGGGGAAGGUA